AUGGUCCUACUGCUGCUGCUGGGCCUGGUGCUCAGCCUUGCCAAUGCGCAAUUCAGCCAGGAUUUCACGGUGCAGAGGAACCACAACAUGGCCAGGAUUUCCGGGACCUGGAACUCUUUUUUCAUGGCCUCAGAUAACAUGACGCGGAUUAGAGAAAACGGAGACCUGAGGCUCUUCAUCCGAAACAUCAGUAUCUUAAAGAAAGGCAGCCUGCAGUUCGACUUCCAUUUUAUGGUACAAGGAGAAUGUGUAGCUGUGACCAUGGUCUGUGAAAAGACAGAGACCAACGGGGAAUUCACCGUUGAUUAUGAGGGGAAAAACAGGGUGCGGCUCUCAGAGACUGACUACAGAAUAUACGUCAUCUUCUACAUGGAGAACAUCAAGAAUGGAACCAAGACCCACGUGCUGGCGCUCUACGGACGCAUCCCAAAUUAUGAGAAGACUUGCCUGAAAAGAUUUGAAAACAUCUGCAAAAAAUAUGGGCUGGAUUCACAAAAUAUCAUCAACUUGAUAGACCAAGAUGACUGCUACGACGUCCCAAAGAGGAGCUAGUCAGCUUCCGCUUUACAUCCCAGAGACCUGAAGUCCAGGUAUUGCGAAGCCAGCACUGGGCAUCACCAUCAUUUUCCUGCUGUUCGUCUGUGGUCGCAGCUCCCUACUCUCUGCCUCUGUCUUCACGUAGCCUUCUGUUCUGCAUCUCCUCCUCCAUUGGUGUAAGACACCCAGGCAUCCCAACUGACCUCACCUGAUUUCUGAAGACUCUUGGCAAAUAAAGUCUCUCCUUUGGUCUCAACAUGAAGACAGACAUGUGUUCGGGGAUGUCGCAUUUGACACUUAGAGGUCCUUUCUUGGUAAUGGGCAUCCGUGACAGCAAAGACCACCCUCAGAACACCCCAAAGACUGGCACCAGAGUCACCUCUUAAAGGACCCUGCGCACAGACCCACGGGGUUCCGAUGGGUCGAACCCCUGUCUGCCCUGCUCUGGUCUAGCCUCCCUGGCAGAUUAGUGAUAGCAGCCCCACUGGGAGAAGGGUGUGUUCCGUGUGUUGGUGAACACACAACAGAUAAAAGUCACGGUACUGGGCGUAUGGCGGGGAGCUGUGAAAGCUGCACCCACACAGGUGGCUCUGCAAAGAUGCUCACAGCAGCUCCAUCCAUGACCACAGCCUGCAACAGCUGACAGACUGCAGCAAGCCAGGGUCCUGGGUCAUAUAUAAAAAAGAACAAUGGCCAAACUGUAGGAAAGGGGACAGAUAAGAGGACACAGAGUCAGGAAAGAGACGCAAAUGUGGUUCUAAAUAGGUGGCAAGAUGAUCCCAGCUGUGCUGAGCAGUACUGUCACAGAACGACAGAGGUGGUGGGUACACAGACCUGGCCAGUGUUCGCUCUGCCAGUGUGCUGUGUUGGGCAUAGGAUUGCCCGGUAGCCACACUGCUGAGUCCUCAACCAUAGCGAUUGCUGGGAUAGGAGCCCAGCAGGCUACUUCAGGUUAUAGCUUGGGAGGCAGUCUGUCCUGGAGCAGUCCAGCUGAGGGGUGGGAGUGGGGGCAGGCAGAGGUUAGUAGCCUUCUGAAGGGCUUGCCAGCAGGCAGAAUGACUCUGUUGGGAGGAUGGAAGGUUCCUGGCACUCCCAGGCCGCCCAGCUUCUGGAUCCCUUGGUACAGCAGUGUGCUGAACCACAGCGAGACAGACAUGCAGGGACCACCCACAUGAUCAGGGCCUGCUGGGGAGGAGAGACGGCAUUGGCACGUUGGUGUUUUUUUGUACCUGCUGCAAAAUCAGCCGAAGGAAGAGUUUGUUUGGGCUCACAAGGGCAUGGUUCCUUGUGGUGGGGACGGAGGGACAGUGGGGACAUGAGGCCACUGUCACACUGCACCCGCACUCAGGAAGCAGAGAGACGUAAACUAUGAUGUUCAUUGUCCUUGCCCUUUUAACUGGGUCUCAGACCCAGCCCACGGAAUGGUGCCAUGGGUACAUAGGGUGAGUCUUCCAUCUCAAGGAACUCGGUCCAGAAACUCCCCCACAAGCAUGCUCAGGGGUUCUUUCUCAGAAGGGUAUAGAUCCUGUCAAAUUGACAAUAUUGACCAUUACAACUGGGGAUCAGAAUAAUGGCUGUCCUGAAGAACAGUAGGAAGUAGUUAAGUAGUACAUACUUUAUGGAAGAGACAGAUGAUCAGAAUCCUUUCUAAAACCCCUUCAUCGCCACUAAACCAAAGGGAUAUCAGGCAUCUCCAAAUCCUUUCAAGUAGACUAUCUUUUGAUAACUGCUUCAGUAUUUAUCAAAACAAAACUUUGACACAUGUUUUUUUUUAAACUGUGCGACCCUCCAUAUUAAACCUAGAAUCUUUACUCAGAAUCUUUACAUCAACAAACUCAGCCUGAUCCAGUUUAUGUUCUUUCCCCUAUGACACAGGCUGCAAGCUGUCUGUGGUGACUCCAUUUUGGCAUUUUGGAUGAACUUUGUCUUACUGAGUAAAGUGCCGGUAACUGUAAGGGAGACUAAGAAAAACAAUUCCGGGAAGAAAAACAUCUCAAGGACAUGGGCUCUUUGCAACCGUCGUCCUGACCUAAUUAUUUUUUGCUAAUCUCAUAUUUUUACUUUUGUACUCUUUGCUUAGCUUGCAGCUGUGGGAAGGGAACCUUGGGGACUUUCCAGCUAGUAUAUGACUUUUCUUGCUUAAAUAUGGAUCCUGUUUUCAGGUCCUGAGUACCGAGAUGCAGGCACCAGCUAGCUGGAAUAAAGACUUUCUAUUGGCUCAUUUCCGCAUGGUCUUCCCUUGGAGCCCCACAACAUCACCAGCAUCCCACACUCUUAAAAUCCUUCUCACAUAUAUUCCCCCAGACUUCUACUUGGUGGAGUUAGCAAACACAUUGAGCUCCUUAGUGAUGUAGCGCACCUCCUCAUGGACCGCGUUUCCUCCAGGAGUCUGCUUUGCCUCAAAUCUGGUUCUAAGUCUCCAGGCAGACUAGGAAGGAUUAAUUCUCUCAGUCAAAGGCAGAAAAAGGUGAGGGUGGGGGUGAGAGACUACUUCCUCAGGUGAGAUAAACCCUUGAGAAUCCAAGGGUUCAAAGUUUUCAGCUUUAGGAGGGCCCUCUCACACAUCUCCUUCCCAAGGUACAGGAUCUCAUUCUUUACCAACUUUACUUUACCCUUACUUUAACCACUGACACCCUCUGAGCCUCGGACUUAAAUUUUCCCUGUAAUUCAGUCAACCUUAUAAUAAGGACACCUGUUUGAUUUCCCACAACUUGAGCUCUGUGGCUGCUGGAGAGAAGAUUCUCUUCCAGGACACACUCAGAAACCUCUAGACUGUAAUAUGUGCAUCUAGAGCUGCUCAGUUUUAUCAAUGAGUUCAUCGUUGUCCUCCACCAUCUUCCGAGAGGCUAACGUUGGUUCAUUUGAUCAUGGAGCUCGUUCUUUUUGUUGUCAACUUAUCCAGAGAUGCUCGGAGCAACCAGCCAGCAGCAUCAUUUUCCUUAUUUCCCACAAACUGUCAGAAGUUUUAUACACAGAGUCAUCAGAUCCAUUGCCCCUUCGAGCUCCAGGAAUCCUGUUGAGGAGGGAAAGAGGACUGUACGAGUGGGGGGGGGGGGUCAAGGUCAUCACAAGGGAACCCACAGAAACAACUAACAACUCACCUAGGCUCAUAGGAGCUCACAGACUCUGGACCAAGAGCUGCAUGGGACCGACCUAGGCCCUCUGCAUACAUACGUGUGACAGUUAUGUAGCUUGGACUAUUUGUUGACCUAGCAGAGGAUCAGGGGCUGUCCCUAAUGCUUGGGCUGGCUUUUGGGGAACCUAUUCCUCAUACUGGGCUGCCUUGCUCAGCCUCAAUACAAGGGGAGGAGCUUAGACCUACCUCAACUUGAUACCCAUGGGAGGCCUGUCCCUUUCUGAACAAAAAAAAGAGGAGGUAAGGGAACAGAAGGAGGGGGGGGGGGACUGUAAAGUAAAUGAAAACAUUUAAUUAAUAAAAAGAAUUAAUAAAAAGAAAACUAUCCAUUGCCCUCACAGUUGGUAAGUCAGGAAAAGCAAAUGCAUUUAUCUCCUUAGGUUUGUGAAAUAGUCCACAUCAUGGGCUUUCAGUACUCUCCCAGCUUCUAGGAGAGGCUUCCAUAACUGCAGGUGUCAAAUUGGAAGCCUAUUCCAGACGCUUUAAAAAUACAUUCUUAUACUUCUCUUGCUAUAGAACCACUCCUAGUAUCAAAAUCUGUGUUAGUCAGGGUUCUCUAGAGGAAUGCAUAUAUGGAAUUUACUAGAAUGGCUUACAGGCUGUGGUCCAGCUAGUUCAGUAAUGGCCGUCUACCAAUGGAGGGUCCAAGUAUCCAGUAGUCACUCAGUCCACGAGGCUGGAUAUCUCAGCUGGUCUUCAGCAUGUGCUGAGACCCCAAAGGAGUAGGCUCCAGUUUUUGAAAGAAUGGACUUGCUAGUGAGAGCAAGAGCAAGCAAAGAGAGCAGAAACUUCCUUCUUCCGUGUCCUUUAUAUAGGCUGCCUGCAGAAGGUGGGGCCCAGAUUAAAGGUAGAUCUUCCCACUUCAAAAGAUCUGAUCUAAAAGUGGGUUUAGCCACCAGGUGAUGGUGGUUCAUGCCUUUAAUCCCAGCACUCAGGAGGCGAAGACAGGCAAGUCUCUGUGAAUUUGAGGCCAGCCUGUUCCGGGAAAGCCAGGGCUACACAGAGAAACAGAGAGGGUGAAAAAAGUGGGUCUUCUACUUCUAAUGAUUUAAUUAGGAAAAAAAUUCCUCAUAGGUUUUUAGUUAAUUCCAGAUGUAGUCAGGUGGACAAUCAAGAAAAACCAUCCCAGGCAGCUCUGGGCCAGUGAACCCCAACUGUCCAUGGAACCAGAAACACUGAUAAUGCUGCCCCUUCUGCUGCUGGUGGGCCUGGCAGUGUUCUGUGGCCUCUGGGCAGAGGAAAAGCCCUCCGAGGAACUGGAGAUACAGCUGUUGGAGGUGAGAAGGCAGAGGCUUUUAGCAGGGCUCCCAGGGUCAGAAGGAUGCAGAGCCAGGAACAGGACUGGAAGGGCAGGCCCACGAUCCCAGUGAGAUGAUUAUGAAAGUGUGGAAGGAAGGAUGCAGGACAUUUCAGUAUCUCAGCCGGCAGGACCCCUGGGGCAGAGCUGUCUUGGCCAGGGGCUGUGGACAGCUCUGGACACUUAUCUGUUUUCUGUCCAGCAAGCGGAGAUGAGUCUCUUAGGUAUUAGCAUGAUCUCUGGUUGGACAUGUUAGGUCAUCAUAGACACCCCAGCUCUGGCAGACUAGAGCCAGACUUCAGGCACCCCAGGCCAGGCCAUGGGGCGUAAGCCUAGAAUACAGCCUUCGCAAAGGCUGAAGGAAGAACUCCAAAUGCAGCCAGCAGACAUGGAGUGCAGCAUUUGUUGUGUUCUUAGAAAAAGCUGCACCUCCCUAAGGAUCAGUCACAGAGUUUGGUGGUCUGUACAAUGGCAUCAGAAGAGCUUGGGACCCAGACCCCUUCCUCUCCUAUGUACUCACACUGCCACCCAAGGGGCCAAGGAUGGCCAACCAGAGUUUUAGCCAGUGAAGAGCCCAGCCUGAAAUCCAGGAACCACCAGUCUGCCAGCACCUUGGAUGCCCCUGGUCACAACCUAGGCAGCAAACGGGUAUAGGAGGAGAUGUGGAGCAGGGCCUGCCAAAAGGCCAGGAUCCCUUUAGACACCUGCAGCUCAGGGAAUUGCCACAAGGUGGCAUUGGCCUCCAGCAGCUCACUUAGCCUAACCAGGCCCGGUGGACACUUGAGUUUUACCGAGUCCAUGAGUGGGAAGACUGGUAACCAGCUUCCUUGUAGCAUGAGUCCAGUGUAAGGAGCAGUGUAAGGUUAGUAAGAAGCUCGGAAUCCCAACCCAUGCCUCACCAUCUCUCAGCCACACCCGUGCCCUGUGCAGUUACUAUAGCCAGACCCACUGGGCUGAGGAGCUACAUCCAGGAGGUAAGGCCAUAACAAGCUAUGAAUUCAGCACUGGUGGGGUCUAUCUUGACUUUGAGUUCUAGGAACUUUUUUCCCAAUGGGUCAAGACCAAACCCAGGCCAGAAAGAGAUCUGAAUAACCAGUAAUCAACUAAACUCAAAUUCCAAAUUCCAAGAACAUUUUAAAACAGCAGGGACAUGAGGACAGAUCCAGCUGGGAGCACCUCUAUGUGACUCUCCUCCUUGCAAUGGACGAAAGACAGAAGUCAGGAGGGGCCAUCCAGAUGCACAAGAACUCAGAGGUGGGCAAAAAGUGUCAGCACAAUAGGCAGACCACUCCAGCAGGCGCAGAAUCGCAUACAAAGACAGGCUCAGAGAAGUUUACCCAGUUAGAGCCAGUAUGAUAUGCCCAGCUUCAAAGUAAUUAACUGGGCGGAAGGGGCUCCUGUGAGCCCAUUAAGAGGACCUGGCAGAUGGCAUUGAAAAGACAGUUGACCCAAGGUUCAGGAUGGAUAGAUGUCUGGCCCAGGCCCAAGCACUCUCAGGUCUCACUGAGCUUUCUGUCUGCUGCCUGUCUGCAAUGAGCUUGGCCCCCUCCCUUCUCUGAUGCCAAUACCAUGGUCCUCUGAGGACCUUUUCUAGCCCUUGCAGCCCACCACCCACCCAAGACCCCAAUAAUGUUCCAUGGGGCAAGUGGGAGAUGCAGAAGAGCUCCACCUCUGUUCCCAGCACAGCUAGCAGGCCCGGGCCAAGGCUGCCAGCAUGAGUAUCACAGUGACUGCAGUGGUGUUCUUGGCCCUCAGAGGGCAGAGAUGGCUGAUCUGGUAGCUUUGAGAAGCCCAGCCUAGUGAGCCAGUACAGGGACUGGAGCACUAGCCGUGAAUCCCUGGAGAGAAUCGGUUGGAAACCACUUGCUGGUAGUACCGGGGAACCUGCAGCAUGCUGGACCUGACCUGAAAUUGUGGAGACCCUGAAAAGUCUCAGGGUUGAGGGGUGCUGCUGGACAGGUUAUGGAGAAGGCUAGCCAUUUUCUCCACCCAAGGGGUCUGCUAGAGACGUCCAGGAACAGAGGUGCACAGCUUCACUACCCUCCUCACCUCAAGAUCCUACAGCGUCAUGUCGGCACACGCCUCUACCACAUGAACGAUUUCACGGGCUCCAGAGUCUAAGAUAUGGGUAUCUUUGGGGUCGCUGCCAGUUGGCCACAACAGACAGGUGAUAAGAAGUGGGGCAGCCAUGGAAACAGGCUCUCAGACAGGGGUCAUCAAGGUGGGCAGGCCUGAGAGAAGUCAGGGAGGUUUCCAUCAUUUGUGGCUUUAAAUGAGUGUCGGGCGGAAGAAGAAAUCAAAGGUCCCCAGAGAGGACCAGAGCGAUUCAUGGUCACUCCAACCCUAACGCUUCUCUCUUGUAAGCACCUUGGCCUUGACCACACACUGGCUUCUGAAAACAAUGGGAAUGUGGUUUUGCACAGCUCUGGGGGGGCGGGGGGAGGCGUCCUGGUCAGUCACCUGGGGAAACUCAGGUGCAGGCAGGGCCACCCUCCUCUGCCAGUUUCCCUGGCCUAGGCGUCCAUCCGGUGGUAGGUGCAUCAUUCUCCCAGCUGUUAAGAUAUCAAACUUUCCGGGUUCAUGUCCCGAGCAACUGCUUCUCUGGCUGCCAAAUCUCUCCUGCCCCCAACUGUGGAGACAAGGAAAAGAUGUGGCUCCCGUG